UCUCUGGCUAAUGAAGGCCACCUGGAUAAGACUUCUAAAACGAGCCAAAGGAGGACAUUUGAAGAAUUCCGAUAUCUGUGGUUCGGCGGACUCCUACACUAGCCGUCCAUCUGAGUCCGAUGUAUCUCUGGAGGAAGACCGGGAGGCUGUACGAAGGGAAGCAGAGCGACAAGCCCAUGCGCAGCUGGAAAAAGCAAAGACUAAACCUGUUGCAUUUGCUGUACGGACAAAUGUCGGCUACAGUGCAGCACUGGAUAAUGACGUCCCUGUCCCAGGCAUGGCUAUCUCAUUUGAAGCAAAGGACUUUCUACAUGUCAAAGAAAAAUUUAGCAAUGAUUGGUGGAUAGGUCGAUUGGUUAAGGAGGGCUGUGAAAUAGGAUUCAUACCGAGUCCAGUCAAAUUAGAGAACAUGAGGUUCCAGAAUGAUCAAAAGGUGAAGCAAGGAAAAUAUCACUCAAGUAAAUCGGGUGGAAAUUCAUCUUCCAGUUUAGGUGAUGUGGCACCUAGUUCCAGGCGAUCUACUCCUCCCUCUUCUGCUUUUGAUUUAGAUGCCAGUGGCUUAGAUGCAGAAGACAAUGAUUCCCCAGCAAACCACCGCUCCCCUAUAGCCAGUGUAAACAGUCUAACGUCUCCCCAGUCUAAAGAGAAAAGAAUGCCCUUCUUUAAGAAGACUGAGCACAUCCCUCCUUAUGAUGUAGUGCCUUCUAUGCGACCAGUAGUUUUAGUGGGGCCUUCUCUGAAAGGAUAUGAGGUGACAGACAUGAUGCAAAAAGCAUUGUUUGACUUUCUGAAACACAGAUUUGAAGGAAGGAUAUCAAUCACACGGGUCACAGCUGAUAUCUCCCUUGCCAAACGCUCAGUGUUAAAUAACCCCAGUAAGCAUGCAAUAAUUGAACGCUCUAACACCAGAUCCAGCUUGGCUGAAGUCCAGUGUGAAAUAGAGCGGAUUUUUGAACUAGCAAGAACACUGCAGUUAGUAGUCCUUGAUGCAGAUACAAUCAACCAUCCGGCUCAGUUGGGUAAAACCUCUUUGGCUCCUGUGAUAGUCUACGUGAAGAUUUCCUCUCCAAAGGUUUUGCAGAGAUUAAUAAAAUCCAGAGGAAAAUCCCAGGCUAAACACCUGAAUGUCCAGAUGGUUGCAGCAGACAAACUGGCGCAGUGCCCUCCCGAAUUGUUUGAUGUAAUUCUGGAUGAAAAUCAGCUGGAAGAUGCCUGUGAGCACCUGUCUGACUACCUAGAAGCUUACUGGAGAGCCACCCACCCUCCUAGCAGCAAUCCUCCCAAUCCUCUCCUCAGCCGUACAAUGGCCACUGCAGCUCUUCCUACAAGCCCAGCACCAGUCUCCAAUCUACAGGGUGAACAAAAACAGGGAGAGCAGAAACAGCCCCAUUCGGGACCCGAGAGAGCUGCUUCCCAAGAGGAAGAGAAGCCACCGGAACCAGUGAAAAAGUCCCAACAUCGAACUUCUUCCUCUGCAAAGCAUCAUAACCACCGGAGCGCUGCAAGUCGAGGCCUAGAGAGACAAGAAACAUUUGACUCUGAUAUCAAAGGCAGCAGGGAUUCUGUGUAUAUUGAACCAAAGGAUGAUUAUACGGAUAGUCCUGGUGAUCAUUACAGCUCAAAACAGGUCCACAAUCAUACAGAAGAAUCCCAAGGUGAUGGCACCCACAGGCACAGAGAGUCACGGCAUCGUUCUAAGGAACGAGACCGAGAACAGGAUCAUAAUGAACGCAACAAACAGCGCAGUCGGCAUAAAUCAAAGGAUCAAUAUUUUGAAAAAGAUGGGGAUGUUGCGUCCAAAAAAAGGAAUGAUGUGGGCGAGUGGAACCAGGAUGUGUACAUCCGUCAAUAACUCUGCUUACAUGGCUCCUCUGUGUCCCCUUUAGUUUAUGUGUGUAAAAGAUAAAGUAUAUAUUUACCUGAUCCGUCUGUAAAGGUUAUUGUACACUUGAGAUUUCAUACAGUUGUUGCUGAGGCAGCAUGGAAAUAGAUUCAAUAUGUUUCAUUUUAAAACAUGGUACAAUUACAGAUCUGCUAGUGUGGUACUGUGCUCUUAAUGUUUUGGUUUGGUUUUGAUUGCUGCUGGCUGAACAAUAACUGUUGCUAUCAAACUACUGUUAAUGUUCUUAAGCAACAUAUGUUUGGGGAAAAAAUAAUUUUCCUGGAUAUUCAGGAAAGGUUGGAUCAGCUUAUACUGUAGUUUACCAAUUCUUUUUCCUCAAAAGUUUAAUUUCUGCAUGCACAACUUUUGUUUUUAAAAGAAAUCUUUAUAUGUUUAAAGACCACUCUGGCUUAUGUCAGUAGUUGGGGUGGGAUUGGGGAAUCUAGUCUUGCCUUACACAUCAGAGUUAAUUAAGGAAAAAAUAUUUUCUAAGUACAGGUACUAUGUACUGUAUAUGGAGUAUCAUUCUAUUUGUACGCAGCAUUUGGAUAUCAUUUUAAAAAAGAAUAUAGUUUUAGUCACAAUAUCUGCUUCAGAGUCCAAAUGAUGUAUUUCCUUUUUAAUCAUGCCAACUACAAUUGGCCUAUUUUGGAAAAUUUGUAGUUGAUACAGUUGUCAUUUUUUCCUCUCCCUAGCUUUUAAAAUUCAGAACACAGAUGCAUAUAUCAUCGAUCAUUGGGGUGGGAAAUUAAAUAUAUAAUAUAUAUAGACAUAUAUUGUUUAGGUUUUUUGUAAAAUGAAUAGUUUUAACUGACGAGGCAGUGAGCAAUUUACUUGAUACAUCUAAGUUAUAUACCAAAUAUUGAAUAUUAUGUAAGUUACAUGAUAUUUUUUGUUUAGUUAUUGCCUGAGGGUUCUGUUAUAUUUUUCUUUUGUUUAAAAACUAUCCAACUUUCCCAAAUGGCUUUGUCUUAUUGCUUAAUGGGCAUAAAGAUAAGCUGUUCUGGUUACUGUAUAUGCACAUUUGUGAAAUUUAUUUUCAAAAUCCAGUUUGUAAGCAUUUGUAUAUAUAUAUAUAUAUAAAAUUCAUAAUUGCCUUUGUAGAUAUUGACAGUAGGUGAUCUUGUUGCACUGUUUAAUGGAGUUAUUUAUUUAACUGUACAAAUGAUGGCUGUACAUGUUAACAUGUAGAAAGGCCAUUUCAUAAACAGGAACAAUGUUCCAUUGUUUCUGUUAUGUAAUGAAGAGAUACAUAUACACAUGCAUACACGCACCCACAUAUAUGCACAUACACAUGCCUACAUACUUCCAAUCACUUUGCCUGAAAUAGGUUACUGCUUUUCCUUCAUGUUUCAACAUACACAAAAUGAUAAAUGUUCUGGCACAUAAGCUGUUCAUUCUCUGCUUCAACCACCAAAUUAUUCAUUUUCUUCCAAGUAACAAAUGGAUUUCAGAUCUGUUGCUGCAUUUACAGCACUUUUUUCCACUCUUUUAAUUUCCUACUUUUGUUGUAGGAGGCCUGAUUUGGAUGCAGCUAUUGACCGAAUGUGCAUUGGGAUUAUGUGUAAAAAAAUAAACAUUUGCAGAACAAA